AUGAUCAGGUCAAUACUGAUUUUGCACAACCACUUGAAACUAAGGUGUACUACUACUUAGACGACGACGCGACUCCGUUCGUAUCAGUUCUUCCAGUACCUCCGGACUUGGCUACUCUUAGAGAUUUUAAGAGAGUUUUCACCAAGAAAGGAUUCAAGUACUUCUGCAAAGGAUUGGAUGCGGACAUAAAAC